UUGUCAUGUCUUUCAUGAACUACAUUUUGCUAAAGAAUAUUAUUUUGGGAAGUUCUGAGCAAUUUUUGUUCUUACAUGUAUGUGCAAGCAUAAUUUAUCGAAGGUUCUGUCUGCGGUUUAAUGUAGCAGAUCGCUAGUGUAAAUUUUGAAAAAAAGUUAAAAUUCAGAUUCAGUUUUAUUCGGGUUCUCGGGUGUCACGCAUUGUUUGACUCUCACGAUUGUGUGACAAAUUGGAAUUUUGCUUUCAUGACGUCAAGCAUACGCCACUAAAUAUUUGUCUCCAACUGUACUAAUUGGUAACGAGCAUUCAUGACGUAACUUUUGCGUCACUAAUUUCUCAUUAAAUUAGCCUAAUAAUCAACAGUUAAUUAGUUAAUUGAUCGUUACGUUUAUGACGUGUCCCCACUUGAUUAAGUCAUUUGCUGCAAGUCUCCAAGCUGUUCAGACGUACUUUCUGCGCUCCGUGAAAAAAUUCGCCAGAACAGUUAAAAAAUGGCCAAAGCUAAAACCCGACGUGUUGCUAAAAAGUCAGCAUUAGUCAAGAAGAAGAAGGCAGCCAAGAGGCCUGCUCUUACAAGCCAAAAGGUAUUAGCUGCCAUCGCCGCCUUGAAAGAUCGUAAUGGCUCAAGCGCGAAAGCAAUUAUGGCCUACCUCCACGCGCAACGUGGAACAAAGAAAGUUACACCUUUUCAAGUGAGAAUCGCGUUGGCGCGCGCCGUCAAAGACAAAUCACUGGUGAACAAUGGAGCUUUGUUUAAAGUUGUUGCUGCUUCCAGCAAGUCGCGGUCGCGCUCCAAAUCGCGUUCCAAAUCCCGCUCCAGAUCACGCUCUCGGUCAAGAUCAACCUCGAAGACUAGAUCCCGUUCUCGAUCCCGAUCAAGGUCUAAGAGUCCGGGCAGGAAAUCGGUGAAGAAAGUCACCAAGAAGGCUAAAAAGGCGAGAAAGGCCAAGAAAGUGAUCCGAAAGCGCAGGGCCCCGGCUAAAAGACGCGUCGGAAAGAGGAGAUACUACAAAGGAACUAAGAAGGCGACCAAGAGAGCCGCACCCAAGAUAAAGCGCAAGAUUCGCAGGAGGCGACGAUCCGCCCGCAAGUGAACUGACUGACUUUAUAAAAACAAAACCGCCAUGUCUUUUGCUUUCCCUUCUAAGAACACUCAAAGACUUUUAAGUCUCUACAAACUCUCUUAAGAGAGCAAACGCCUAAAACGCUGAAGAACUGUUAGUAAGCGAAGUUUACAGGAUCCUCUGUUUUGUCAUCUUUCCUUUUUUUUAACUCAAAGGAUUGUACAUACAAGAAAAAUGAUUAAACAGUGAAGGCGAAGA